CAGCUCUAAAUACAUGUACAGUUAUUGUUAACGGAAAUUGAUCCUUUCCUUAAGCAAUUUAAGCCUCACAUUUAUACAAGUGAUAGAGACGGAUGUAGAAAUGUAUAACCUAUUUACAAGAUUUUGUUUACUUUGUUACUUGUAAAUAAACUUAAUAAAUAUGGUGUGGAUAACGAUUCCGAUAUUGAUUUGGAUACUUGCAAGUUGUGAUUACUUUGGAAAUGCACAGCCUGUCACAUAUUUUCAAACCCAUGAUCUGUCUGUGCGGUACUUUAACGACUCCACUUCUUGCGAUGGCAUAGACGCUCCCACUUCCGGCCAGACACUGUACUUCCGCCAUCUGGUGCUCAGUGAGAGGCAACAUGAUGUACUCUAUGUUGGAGCAAUGAACCGUAUUUACAAAUUGAAUAAGACGUCAAUGGAAUGCAUGAAUGCCAAAGAACUUUUCCCUGAUCAAAGACAGAAAGAGAGAUGCCAUGUUCAAGGCAAGAGAAAGGUGCCCGAUUGUCAGAACCACAUCCGGGUUAUUAUGGAGUGGGAGCCAGGGGAACUGUUCGUUUGUGGGACUGGCGCCUACUCCCCGAUCGGCUACCAUCUCGAUGAGGUCAGCCUAAACAUGAGCGGUUCAACGUCCAGAAGCCUCGGAAUGUGUCCUUUCGAUCCACUUGACAACGCAACGUCUCUGCUCAUAGAUAAUGGGAAUCCAGGCAACGCGACUGUGCCAUAUUUCGGAACGUAUAGCGACUUUAUAAAGAACUCUCCCCUGUUCUACCGUCCCAGCUUUAGCGCGAAUGGCACGGACUACUCCGAGAAGGGCACGGACACGGAGGAUAUAAAAUGGCUCAACUUUCCACAGUUUGUUGGAUCGUUUGAUGAGGGAAAUGAGGUGUAUACGUUUUUCCGCGAAACUGCCAUAGAGUACCCAGAUAAGGACGCGCACAAGACAUACUCACGGGUAGCUAAAGUCUGUAAGAAUGACCUUGGUGGUGGGUAUUCAUCGAAAAAGAAGUGGCUGUCCUUCCAAAAAGCUCGCCUGAACUGCUCCAUACCAGGACCUGAGCCUUACGCAUUUGACCAAAUUUAUGACAUUUAUAAAUCGGAUGAUAUGUAUUUCGCGUUGUUCUUCCGUGAAGGUGAAAACUUGAACGCUUCGGCAUUGUGUAUGUUCCGAAAAGCGGACAUCGAAAGGACAUUUGCUGGAAGGUUUCAGGAAAAAAUGAGAAGCGGUACUUGGCAUACCGUGUCUGAUGCAGACAAUCCAGCGCCUAGACGAGAUAAUUGCACAGUUCACGACCUAGGCUUACACAAAUUCGACUCCUUGUCCAAGUACCAACUGAUGGAUGGAAACGUGAAUCCUCUUUAUGACAGACCGAUAUACUACAAACCUGGUGUCCAGUUGACGCGGCUGGUCGUGGGACGCGAGAUCAAUGGAAGCCGCAAUAUAUACAUGGCGUCAGAUAUGGGUGACAUUUAUGACCUAUUCUUGAAGACAUACCAUUCCAGCAAGACAUUCACAGUCGUGUUGAAUGCCGUAUAUUCCAUAUUCGAGUCACCACAAGCCGUCCGGAACUUGCAAAUUCAGAAGGAGGCCCUGUAUAUUGGAACAGACACUUCGGUCGCUAGGGUAGACCUAGAUGCUGUUUGUGACAAGUUCAGCAGGAACCAGAUUGAUGGCUGUGUCCUCAACAGCCGCUGUAUUUGGUGUAGCACAAAUAAUACAUGCAUUCCUCAAAGUAUUGGUGUUUGCGAAAACGGUAGAAUAGACAGCAACUUGAUCACUGACACCAGCACUAUACUCAAGUCGCUUAACAUUCCAGAGGUGUUGCAAAGAAGAAAGAGGGAAGUAGCAGUUUCCGGUGAUGCAUUUCUACCGAUCGAGGAUCAUGUUUACCGGGUUUCAGAUGUGGUGUGGACUAAGGGCACGAAUGGAACAAUAUUAGCUUUGAGUCCCGAAAAAUUUAUAGUUUCGAAACGUGGCGCACUAUUUAUACGAAAUGUGCAAGACUGCGACAGAGGAAACUACACAGCAGAAAAGAAGGAUGACGGACGUUUGCUGGCCAAAGUGGAAUUGGAUGUUAAAAAUCCUAACUCCGAAAAGGAAGAGGAAGAUGAAUGGAUACAAUACUUUAACGAUUGGUCAGCAACAUUUGGAAAUCUCAAAAGCUGUUGGGCUAAAACAAUGGGAAAUUGCAGUGGAAGCCCAAAACUUGAAAACCCCCAAACCAGUCAUGCUCCUUAAAAAGUUAUCAAGCGUUAGUUUAAAGCUGCACUCUCACAGAAUUACCGUUUUGACCAUUUUUUUAACUUAUUUUUUUGUCUUGAAAUGAGCAAACUUUUGUGUAAAUAUCUGAAAACUAGUGAUAUAAGAUUGCUGACAAACGAUCAGAUCGCGGUUUUUCAUAUUUACUUUCGAAAUUUAAUGUUUCAAGGCUUAAAGCGCUACUCAUGCUUUAAAAAAAUACAUAAAUCAAUUUAAAUAAUAAAUAUGAGAACCUACGAUAUGGUUUUUGUCAACAGUCAUGAAUCACUGGUUUACAUGCAUUUUCGCAAAAAUUGGCUCGUUCCAAGACAAAAAAAUAUAAUAGUUUUUAAAACGUUCAAUCUGUGAGAGUGCAGCUUUAAGAAACAUAUUUCAAAAUUUAAGUUCAAUAAGUUUGCCAUCCUUGUAGAAUCGCGUGUCUUGGAUUAUAAUUCUAUAUCGUUUUAUACCAUAAAGCCAAUAUCUACUGAAUUAAAACUUUGGGUCUAAUCCACCCAAUAAACACAAGGACGAUAUGAAAUAGAAGUGCUGAUUGUGCCGUCCAUGUCGUUAUUAUCUUCCUAUAAUCAAGAACAAAAUAAAGCCUGGUAUUAGCUGAAUGCCUAUCAUCUAGUGGCAUUGAGUGAGCGAACCAGUUUUGUAUUGAAUUGCAUGACAGAAUGCCAGUGCUAUAUAUUAUCAACGGACAAAGGCAUUAUUAUAAAACUACCGUUUGUAAAUAAAUCUUUGCGUGCUGUUAAAUUAUUUUUAUAAACAUUUAAUAUGUUCGUUUU